AUGUACAUCCAGAUGUCAGUACGUUCGUACAUGCACACAUGUGACGUCGCGCUGGUGGUGUUUGAUUGGUGCAUGCUGUGCUUAGUCAUCAUCGAUCUGGCCAGCAUUAUCUCCCACUGCGCUCCCAAGUACAGCACGCCCUCUCCCAAUUCCGACUUUGGCCUCCACAUCCUGUCCAUACAACCUGCUCUCACUUUGAGGCUUCUGCGCAACUGUCCGACUAAUUGCCCCUCCAGGUUCUGGGAUAUUCUGGCCUCGCUGGGUCUGGCCAACAAACACGCGAAGCUGUUGUUCCUCGGUCUCGACAAUGCGGGAAAGACAACGCUCUUGCACAUGUUGAAGAAUGAUCGUGUAGCUGUUCUCCAGCCUACUCUUCAUCCCACGUCGGAAGAGCUUUCUAUCGGUAACGUCAAGUUCACCACCUUUGAUCUUGGUGGUCACGCACAAGCCCGCCGCCUCUGGCGCGAUUACUUCCCCGAAGUUUCCGGUAUUGUCUUCCUCGUCGAUGCGAAAGACCACGAGCGCUUCGUGGAGUCCAAGGCCGAGCUCGAUGCCCUGCUUGCCAUGGAAGAGUUGGCUACCACCCCCUUCGUCGUGCUCGGAAACAAGAUCGAUCACCCAGACGCGGUAUCGGAGGAUCAGCUGAGGGCCACCUUGGGCCUUUACCAGACAACAGGCAAGGGCAAAGUACCUCUCGAGGGCAUUAGGCCCAUUGAGGUCUUCAUGUGCAGUGUGGUUAUGCGACAAGGCUACGGUGAGGGUAUCCGAUGGCUCAGCCAGUACGUCUAG